UUCCUCAUUCAUCAUUCUCAUAAGUAGAGUGUACCAUUCAAGCCAAGCAAGCAGUGGUCAAUACAAAUCCACCAUGAAGACCUUUCUCAUCUUUUCCCUCCUUGCUAUCGUGGCGACCACUGCAACAACUGCAGUUAGAGUUCCAGUGCCACAAUUGCAGCCGCAAAAUCCAUCUCAGCAACAACCACAAGAGCAAGUUCCGUUGGUGCAACAACAACAAUAUCCAGGGCAGCAACAACCAUUUCCACCACAACAACCAUAUCCGCAGCCGCAACCAUUUCCAUCACAACAACCAUUUCUGCAGCCGCAACCAUUUCUGCUACAACUACCAUAUCCGCAGCCACAACCAUUUCCACCACAACAACCAUAUCCACAACCGCAACCACAGUAUCCGCAACCACAACAACCAAUUUCACAGCAACAAGCGCAACAAGCACAACAACAACAACAACAACAACAACAACAAUAACAAUAACAACAACAACAAAUCCUUCAACAAAUUCUGCAACAACAACAACUGAUUCCAUGCAGGGAUGUCGUCUUGCAACAACACAACAUAGCGCAUGCAAGCUCACAAGUAUUGCAACAAAGUAGUUACCAACUGUUGCAACAAUUAUGUUGUCAACGGUUGUGGCAGAUCCCCGAGCAGUCGCGGUGCCAAGCCAUCCACAAUGUCGUUCAUGCUAUUAUUCUGCAACAACAACAACAACAACAACAACAACAACAACAACAACAACAACAACAACCGUCGAGCCAGGUCUCCUACCAGCAGCCUCAGCAACAAUAUCCAUCGGGCCAGGGCUCCUUCCAGCCAUCUCAGCAGAACCCAUAGGCCCAGGGCUCUGUCCAGUCUCAACAACUUCCCCAGUUCGAGGAAAUAAGGAACCUAGUGCUGCAGACGCUACCGGCAAUGUGCAAUGUCUACAUCCCUCCAUAUUGCUCGACCACCAUUGCGCCAUCUGGCAUCUUCGGUACUAACUGAGAAGAGAAGAACUUGUACUAGAUAUAUGAAACACCGUUUCCUUAGUCCAUGGUUUGGUCGUUGUAGCGGUG